AGGAUCGCUGUUGGGCUUUUUCACGUUGUCGAAUAUCAAUUUCGACGCCUUUGAUAGUAUAUACAGCUUUGACUGUAUCUUCGCCCCCUACAAAGCUACGGCGACCUCCGAGCCGCUGUCUGCGGGUGGAUAGCAGCAGAGGACGCGCAACUAGACGCCAUUGGUAUCCCGGGCCGACACGCUAUGGACGAGGACGGGGAGCCGGGUCCUCCGGCGCCGGAGCAGGAGGACGCGCCCAUGGAGGACGCUGAGGAGGACAGAGAGGAGGAGGACACGCCCGCCGGGCCCUCGGAGGUGUUCCUCCCCGGUCGGCAGCUCGAGGAGGACGAGGAGCUCGUGGUCGACGAGUCGGCCUACGUCAUGUUCCACCAGGCGCACACCGGGGACCCGUGUCUGAGUUUUGACGUGGUCCGCGACCGUCUGGGCGAUAACCGCACAGAGUACCCGCUGACCAUGUACAUGGUGGCCGGCACGCAGGCCGACAAGGCGCACAAAAACUCCGUCAUCGUCAUGAAGAUGUCCAAUAUCCAGCGGAACAAGAAGUCCAAGGAGAAGGAUUCGGAUGACGAGGAGAGUGACGAGAGCGACGAGGAGGAGGAGGAUCUGCCGGAUCUGGAGACGGCCACCAUGAAACACCACGGCUGCGUCAACCGGAUACGGGCCACCACCAUCCAGGACACUCCGCUCGCGGCUACCUGGUCAGAGACUGGCAGCGUGCACGUCUGGAGCCUGGCGCGACCGCUGGCCGCCGUCGACGACCCCAUGGUGGCCUCGGCCUACGCCCGGGACAGCGAGGACAAGAAGGCCAAGCCGCUGUUCACCUUCAAGGGACACCAGCAGGAGGGCUUCGCCAUGGACUGGUCGCCACUCAAAGCCGGCGUGCUGGCCACGGGCGACUGCGGCCGCCACAUCCACGUGUGGCAGCCGGCCGAGGGCGGCACGUGGCACGUGGACCAGCGACCCUACUCGGCGCACAAGGGCUCCGUGGAGGACAUCCAGUGGUCGCCCUCCGAGCCCACCGUCUUCGCGUCGUGCUCCGUCGAUAAAAGUAUUCGUAUCUGGGACAGCCGCGCGGCGCCGGCCAAGGCGUGCAUGCUGCAGGUGACGGACGCGCACGACAGCGACGUGAACGUGAUCAGUUGGAACCGGACCGACCCGUUCAUCGUCAGCGGCGGCGACGACGGCAAACUCUGUGUCUGGGACCUCCGGUCGCUGCAGUCUGGUAAGCCGGUGGCGCUGUUCAAGCACCACUCGGCUCCAGUGACCACGGUCGAGUGGCACCCGUCGGACAGCACAGUGUUUGCGUCCGGCGGCGCGGACGAUCAGGUGGUCCAGUGGGACCUGGCCGUGGAGCGGGACGAUGAGGCGGCCGCAGAGGGGGCCGCAGAGGGGGCAGAGGAGGAUCAAAAACUGAACGAGCUGCCGCCACAGCUGCUGUUCAUACACCAGGGUCAGGAGGACGUCAAGGAACUGCACUGGCACCCGCAGGCGACCGGCUGUCUGCUCUCCACAGCCCACAGCGGCUUCAACGUGUUCAGGACCAUCAGCGACGUGCGCGCCGUGCAGGCUCUGCUGGCGGCCGGCGCCGACCCGUCGCUGGCCCACCGACACCGCACGCCACUCUCCUGGGCGCUGCAGGCCGGCCGGGCGGAGAUCGUGGCCGCCCUGCUCUCCGCCGGCGCAGACGCCAACGGGCGCAGCAGUGACGCCCUCGAGCGGGUCGAGCCGCCGCUCAUUACCGCCAUCCGUCUGGGCCAGGAGGCGAGCUUCGCGGCGCUGCUGACCGCCGGUGCCGAGCUGGACGGCGAGGAUUUCUACGGCCACACGCCGCUGUGGACGGCCGUCUGGCACCGGCAGCUCAGCAUGGCCUUCCAGCUGGUGGCGGCCGGCGCGCCGGUGGCGGCCGACUCGUGGCAGCAGUGCCCGCUGUACCUCUCUGCGCGGCAGCCGUGCGCCGGCUGGCGGCGGCUCGCCCUGCUGGUCACCCUGCUCGGCGCCUCCGUCAGUCUGCGGGACGGCGAGCGGCGCUCGGCGCUCUGGUGGGCGUUUCACUGGGGCGACCAGCGGCUGGCGCGGGCGCUCCUAGCGCGCGGCGCCCGCCUGCCGGAGGGCUGUCCGCCCCUGGAGGAGGUUCCUGCGGAGUUCCUCAGGCAGAUCAGCGGGCCACGCUCGCCCCCACCGCUGCUGGAGCUCUGCCGGGCCCGGGUGCGCGCCCUGGUGGGAGUCACCGGGCGCCGGCUGCCCUGCCGGCUGUCUCGCCUGCCGCUGCCCGAUGUGCUGAUUGCCUAUCUGCAGAUGAAGGAGUUUAGUGAGGAGGCCACAGCGGCGGAGCGAAAUUACCAGAGAAGUGCAACGAAUCCACCUUUACCUGUCGCGUCGGAUAGGAUGUCAUUUAGUCAGGAUUCAUUAAAUUCACCGCCUCAGUCUGCUAGCGCCACUUCAAACGAACGUCAGGAUCAAAAUUUAUCCGGGUCGCCAUCCCAAUCACCCCUGGAAGAAUCGGCUGAAGCUUCCACCCCAGGAAACCCUGCGACGUCCAGCAAUGCUUCCCUCAACGCCAGCAGCAGGCAGAGCAUCGCGGCUCGAUCGUCACAAACUCUACAGAAAAGAUCAUCGCGAAUAUCACAGAAAAGCAGCACUGGAGUCGGACUGGCAAAGUCCUCAUCAAGAGGUCCCAUGUCAUCGUCAAGCUUAGCCAAAACUUCGUCCAGAGGGCCCACGUCCACAUCAAGUGUUGCAAGAAGUUCUCCAAGGGGAUCGACAUCCAGCCUGGCCAGAACUCCCUCGGGUCCCACAUCGACAUCGAGUAUGGCCAGGACGCAGUCUCGGGGCUCCAGUUCGGGUCUCGCCAGGGGCUCCUCCAAGGGCCCGAUGACGGUGACGAGUUCGUCCGCAGCGCGAACCGCAGCGGGCUCUCAGCACGCCGGCGAGUUGGACGACUUCGGCGCCGCCUCCGCCACAAACACCGCCUCAGGUAACGAAGCUUCCAGCGCUGAUGCCACCGAUGACGGAGGCUUUGGUGGGGCGGACAAUACCGACCCUGCUGACACCUCUGACGCCGGGAGGUCACCUGGCGAGCUGACCCCGGUCCCAAGCGACGGAGAGGGCAUCACCGCCUCCGCCACCGCCUCAGGUCAGCUGACUCCAGUCGCCAGCCAAUCAGGACCCGGGGCUGCGAGUGUCAGCCAAUCAGCGCUCGAGUCUGACGCCCUGCCAUCGCCUCGAGCCUCAGGUCAGCUCUCUCAAACGGGAUCCGUACUCGGUGCGUCCCCAUCACAAAAGAUAUCUCAGACAGGAUCAAAGACAAGCGCUCCGCUGUCACGGACGUCGAGAACGGGCUCGAUUGCCAACGUCACCCCUUCCCAGACGUCCAGAGCUGGAUCGAGAGUAGACGCCUCGCCGUCUCAGGCAUCGAGGACAGGAUCUAAAGUCGGUGUGUCAACUUCUCAGACAUCAAAGACCGGAUCAAGGGUGGGCGUAUCUUCAUCACAGCGGCUCGCCCAGACCGGCUCGCGCGUGGCAGCUUCUUCGUCUUCAGAGGCCGAGCCUCUGGACAACACUGGCUCCGUCGCCGGCAUGACGUCACAAUCCCGUGUGACGUCACGCGCCUCAAUGACGUCACGUUCCAGGGCAUCAAGGAGCGACCUCCCCGGCUCGCGAGCUUCUAUAGCAGCCAGUGGCACGGCAGUAGCUGAGUCAACUCCCGGUCUCACAGCGUCUGUUGCAGGCUUAGACUCGGGCGCAGGGAUGUCGGAGAGCGACCGCGCAGAGACGGAGGCCAGCGCAGUGAGCUCGCCACAUCCUUCACAGACUGGCGUCACGAUGUCUUCAGCUUCAGCAGAGCGAACCACGUCAGCGGAGGGAGCGGCGGCCUACGACAGCGGACUGGAACCGGCCAGCGACGAACAGGCGGCGUCGGAAAGUCAAAGUGGAGAGGUGGCACCGCGUGCCAGCGGGGUGACUAGUGGUGUAGCAAGUGGUGUAGCUAGUGGUGUAACCAGUGGUGUUACCAGUGGUGUAGCUAGUGGUGUAGCUAGCGGUGUAGCAAGCGGUGUAGCAAGUGGUGUAACUAGCGGUGUAACAAGUGGUGUAACUAGUGAUGCAGCAUCACCCUCCGGCAGCGGGCGAGCAUCCCCCGCCCGCAGUGGUCAGCUAUCCACUACUCCCAGCGGCCCAGCCUCUCUUUCCGGCAGUGUGGCAGCCCUGAGCGACGCCUCAGCGUGCCCGCCUGAGGAGCCGACUCUCAACGGCGAGACGGAGGCGUCCGCUCGCGCCAGCCGAGAGUCGGCAGUGAGCGCCAGUAGCGGGGACUUCCUCGGCGACUCGUCUGCCGUGCUGAGCGGGGCAGAGUCGACCCACGAGCGGCCGGCGGCGCCCGACAGCGGCCUGUGGCUGCAGAGCGAGACAGACGGAACGGGAGGUCAGGAGACCGAGGUGGAACGGGAGGAGACCGAGGUGGAACGGGAGGAGACCGAGGUGGAGCGGGAGGAGACGGAGCGAGAGGAGACCGAGGUGGAACGGGAGGAGACGGAGCGGGAGGAGGAAGAACCGCAGUCGGCGGUGGAGGAAAACCAACAUGAGGAAGACGAGAGGGAAGUGGAGGAGGAGGAACCAGCACAACAAUGGAGAAGAGAGGAAGAGGUGGAAAUGAGGCAUGACGAUGACGACAAGCAAUAUGAUGAAGAGGAAGACGAACGGCAAUGGCAGGAGGAAGAGAAGGUGACAUCCCGCCAGAGCGUCACCAUCCGGCGCUCCAGCGGCGGGGGUCGCCGCCGUUCCUCCGCGUCCUCCUCCUCGCGGCGCCUGUCCUCGUCCUCGUCCACAGGCCGGCGCCCGUCCUCCUUAGCGGCCGCGCACUCCUCGGCCAGUGUCUGGGACGAGGCCGAGAAGCUGUGGUCCUCGCCGCCCUCCAGCGGCCGAGUGCCGCCGCCUUGCGCCAAACCGCCCAAAAUCACCACCGUCGUGCGCCCCGGCUGCUCGACCUACCACGCCGCGUGUCGGCAGGAGACCUGGGAUCAGUUCGGGAAGCGUGGCGGCAAACGCCACUGCUGCGUGGACCCGCCGCUACAGCUGCGGGGGAAGCAGAUCCCCAUAGAGCACGCCAAGAAGGGCUGCAUCUGCGCGGCCAUCGAGAUGUACGCCACCCGUCCGCCGGUGAUCAAGCCACUGAUCGGUCCCACCGCGCAGAAAUACCCGCAGAGGAAACCCAAGGUGCAGAAGCCGGUAAGCGGCGGCGGCUGCGCUCCGCCGGCCACCCGAAACCGCAGGAAGCAGCCGCCGAAGAAGACAAAGAAGCUGAAGAAGCGGGAGCAGAAGUUGGAGGAGGAGCGGCAGCGACUGAUCCAGGAGAGCGAGCGGCUGGAGGAGGAGCGUCUGACGCUGGAGGAGGAGCGGGAGUGUCUGGAGCAGGAGCGGCGGCGGGUGGAGGCGCUGGCAAAGGAGAGCCACUCGGGCACGAUGGCCGUCUCGGAGCUUUCCGAGAGUGAGUUCCGCCGGCGCGAGGACGCUCGGCAGGCGGACGCCGAGCACAGCCGCAUGGCCAAGCAGAGUCAGAAGAUCACCGAGUCGUGGCAGCAGCUGCAGGAGCGCAUCUCUCGCCAGGAGAUGGAGGACCGACGGGUGGCCAGUCAGAUGGAAACCCUCCAGAAGGAGCGGCGGGAGUCACUGAGACGGGAGGAGGAGGAGCGGGAGCGACUAGAGAGGAUCGAGUCGCAGAUCGCCGAGGAAAAGAGAGCUGUCGAGGAGGACAGGAAGAGACUCGAGGAGGAGAUGAAGAGUAGAGAGAGUUUACGAGCUAUGGAACAAGAGGAGGAACAAACCGCCGGGGAGAGCGAAGGUCAGAGCGAGCCUGGCGAGGAGCACGACGACUUCUUCGCGGGAGAAACCGAGGAUGAGUUGGUGGUAACCGAUGGUGAAAACCACGAGCGAGGAGAGUCGACCGCCGCAGAGAGCGCUGACGAGAACCAGGAGGGUACAGAGAACGAAGAGCCGUCAGCAACCAUCGACGAAGAGGAUGAAUCAUUACCAGCAACUGAGGCUGAGGAUAAAUCAUUAGCAGCAACGGAAGGAGAGGGAGAAUCCCUGCUCACGACAGAAGGGGAGGAGCAAACGGAAGAAGAGGGACAGACGGAGGAAGAACAGCCUACUGACGGGGACGAGCCUUCUGAGUCUGCACCCGCAGCGGACAGCGCCGAGCCAGACGAAUUCGAGCCAACUCCUGCGGCAACUGACGCCGAGGAGGACGCCAUUCCUCCAUCAGAGGCCGAGGCUGACGCCGACGGACCGACUGAGACCGAGGACGAGACGCUGCCGCCCACAGAGACCGAAGACGAGCCUCAGCCAUCUGAUGCAGAGGCAACGGCCGGCAGUCGCACAACGCUGACCGGUGACGAAGAACAGCCACCAGUAGAUGAACCAGAGCCAGCAGAACCGACAGAUGAGCCCACAGAGGAGCCCGCAGAGGCCAGCGGCCAGGGUACGCCUCGUGCCGGCUCGGCGGGCAGCGCGGAUGGUGAGGGCAGCACCUCUCCGCCGGCUGAGGCCACAGAUGUUGAACCCGAAGAGACUCCAGCGGCCACAGACGGGGAGGAGACGACAGACGCCGGUGCUGGAGAGGACGCCGCCCCGUCUGAUACCGCUGCCGACGCAGAGGAAGCAAACGCUGCAGCGGAAAGCUCACACGCACCAGAGGAGGGCGGCGCGUUGGCCUCUGCACCCGAAUCCACCCACCAACCCACGGAGUCCACAGAGGGUCCCGGAGCAGCCAGCGAGUCCCAGAUGAGCCCACACGGAUCUCAGGUCGAGACCACGGCGUCUAUUGAUAAGGACGAACUGGAUGUGGGCUGGACGGCGCCCACGGCGGGCGCCAGUUACGCGCGGGGAAGUGAUGCCCAGCUCUCCAUAGUGGCCGAGUCCUCACUGGAAGAUACCGGGGUAGGCAUUGGAGGAGCAGACGCGUCCGUGGAUAAACUGGAAACGGUUCACGAAGGAGAGAAAACGGGAGAAGAAGACAACACGGAAGGAGAGAGAACUGAAGACGAGAGAACAGAGGAGGUGGAAAAGACAGACGGAGAGGACGGAGGAGGAGGAGGAACAGAGACAGAGGAAGAGGCUGGAAACACAUCGGAGGUGGAACAACAAGAGGCUCCUGGUGGGGAGACAUCAGAGCUGGACGGAGACGCAACGGUAGGCGAGACGACAGCGGAGACAGUCGCGCCUGAAGCUGAAAUAGGUGAACAGGAGACAACGGAGGAGACACAAGACACACAAGAGACAACGGAAGAGUUACAAGAGACAGCAGAGGAGGCGCAGGAGACGAUAGAGGAGACACAAGUGACAACAGAGACAACGGAAGAGGCACAGGAGACAGCAGAUCACGACGGAGAGGCGGAGGCGGUGGCUGGAGGCGCCGACGGAGGCGAAUCGGAGACGGUGCUGGCAGUUCAUGAGCCCGCGGACGAGACUGGGGGAGACGCACCAGAAACCGAGGGAGACGCCCCUGGCACUGAAGGAGACGUCACUGAGACAGAGGGGGACGCGCCGGAGACCGAGGGAGACGCUCCGGAGACCGAGGGGGAGGUCUCCGCCCCCACUGGGGAAGAUCCUGGAACCGAGGACGACUUCUUCUAAGCAGCACGAUUUUAACGGUUCAACACUGCCAUAUUGGUUAAUUUGUAAAUCGGCGCGAUCGGGAAAAUACUGUAAGAGAAUGCUUUCAAUAUACACUGGAUACAAAAACAAUA